AUGUCCGGUGAGCUCCUGUCCGAACGGCCCGUGUCCGAUCGUAGCAUUUCCGGUGAGCUCCUGUCCGAACGGCCCGUGUCCGAUCGUAGCAUUUCCGGUGAGCUCCUGUCCGAACGGCCCGUGUCUGAGCGUAGCAUGUCCGGCCGGCUCGAGUCCGUACGGCCCGUGUCCGAUCGUAGCAUGUCCGGCUGGCUCGAGUCCGUACGGCCCGUGUCCGAUCGUAGCAUGUCCGGCCGGCUCGAGUCCGUACGGCCCGUGUCCGAUCGUAGCAUGUCCGGCCGGCUCGAGUCCGUACGGCUCGUGUCUGAGCGUAGCAUGUCCGGUGAACUCCUGUCCGAACGGCCCGUGUCCGAGCGUAGCAUGUCCGGCCGGCUCGAGUCCGUACGGCCCGUGUCUGAGCGUAGCAUUUCCGGUGAACUCCUGUCCGAACGGCCCGUGUCCGAGCGUAGCAUGUCCGGCCGGCUCGAGUCCGUACGGCUCGUGUCUGAGCGUAGCAUUUCCGGUGAACUCCUGUCCGAACGGCCCGUGUCCGAACGUAUCAUGCCCGGCCGGCUAGUGUCCGAGGCAGCAUCCGAGAGUUCCGCGUCCGAGAGUUCCGCGUCCAAGAGUCUCUAUCACAAGAAAAGAACUGUCGUCCAGGCCAAUAGGACUAACUGA